AUGCAGUAUCGUACUACUUCGAUCAUGAACCUCCAACGCCGUUUCUAUAGGAAAGAGCGAUUAGUAAAUCACCACGUUAGGCCUUGUGAUGUUUUCAUAAACCAUAGAGGUCCUGACACGAAACGAACCCUAGUAACCUUGCUUUACGAUCAUCUUACUAGGUUAAACCUGCGUCCAUUUUUGGACACCAAGAGUAUGAAACCAGGAGACAAGUUGUUUGAUCACAUCAAUGGUGCAAUUGGAAGUUGUAAGAUUGGUGUUGCUGUGUUUUCACCAAAUUAUUGUGAGUCAUACUUUUGCCUCCAUGAAUUGGCUCUUUUUAUGGAGUCCAAGAAGAAGGUGAUUCCAAUCUUUUGUGACAUCAAGCCGUCGGAGCUUCAACUGGUUAACAAUGGAGAUUUUCCAGAGGAAGAUGUGUUAAGGUUUAAUCAAGCUCUUGAGGAGGCUAAGUACAUAGUUGGACUUACCUUUGACUCCUUGAAAGGGAAUUUGUCCGAAGUUGUAAACAGUGCUUCAGAUAGUAUCAUCAGAAGCUUAAUUGAAAUAGAGAACCAAUGA